UCAUUUCAUCACGCUUCACGCCCAAAAGCAAAAUAAGAAGGCUCUAGAUUUGGCAUUUCUCUACCAUGGCAAAGCGUCUGAUCCCAACUCUGAACCGCAUUUUGGUUGAGAAAAUUGUUCCUCCAUCCAAAACCAAUGCUGGAAUCUUGCUUCCUGAGAAAACCGCCCAGCUUAACUCUGGAAAAGUGGUUGCGGUGGGUCCUGGAGCCCGUGACAGAGAUGGAAAGCUUAUUCCACUUAGUGUAAAGGAAGGAGACACUGUUCUUUUGCCUGAAUAUGGAGGAAAUCAAGUGAAGCUUGGUGAUAAAGAGUAUCAUCUAUUUAGAGAUGAUGAUAUAUUGGGAACUCUGCAUGACUGAUGUAUGGUGUGGCUCUCCGAUCAGGAUAAAGAAAGAGAUCCUAUUCUAUAUGAGAUAGCUCUAGGCAUGCAAAAGACUUAGGUUAUGGGGUUGUUCUGAUUGACUACUGUUGUAUUGCUAUAAAAGAUUUGGAUUGAAUGACUCAUUGUUUUCUAUCCUUGAGGGAACAAGACCAGGAAUUUAAAGUGUCUUGCAUAAUGGAAAAUUUUGCAGGCUGGGGAUUUAUCCUUUCUUUUAACAUAAUAAUAUUUUGCAUAAUGGA